CGUCCUCGACGAACACAUCGCUUCCUCCCUGACAUAUACACGGCGUCAACGCUUUUGCCUUCUGCGCUCAUCAUCCCGAAACUUCAUCGCGCGUCGCAGCGAGGAGAGCACCCAGAACAUCCACCAGAUCGGCACUCAGAGAAUACCUGCGUUCCGUCGGGCUGCGGAGGGAUCGACCAAGCGCAUCUGGGGCAGGGGUAUCGCACCAAGCACCGUAUAGCAUACAAGGAGAAGGAGAUCACGAUGGGAGGAGACCACAAGUGCUCGGUCUGCCAGGCGACGUUUACGAGGCCGCAGCAUGUCGCGCGGCAUAUGCGUUCCCACACUGGGGACAGACCUUACAAAUGUCCGCAAUGCGGCGACCAGUUCGCACGAAGCGAUCUUUUGAGUCGCCACGUCAAUAAAUGUCACCCCGAACAUAAGGAAGGAGAUACAGGAGGAGGAAAUGCACAACAAGCGUCAUCUACCAGCCGACGCAAAGGGAUAUCAGCCAGCAGGGCGACCACCAGCAAGCAGGCCUGCGACCAGUGCGUCCAGAACAGCCUGCCCUGCGAUGGUUGCAACCCCUGCGCGAAGUGCGUGCAGCGCAAGUGCCGCUGUACCUUCGUCAAGUUCCACCGCCAGACAGCCCCGAGCGGACCCGGGCAUACGCACCCGCACACGACAGCGGGAUACGGCGUGAAGUCUGAUCCUUUGGGUCUGGGAAUCGGCGGUAUGUCUGCGGCGGCGCUGGGGUUGCCUAUUGGGAUGGGGUAUGAUGCGCUGGGUGGCUCCAGCGGCACUUCCUCUAUUUCGUCGUCGUUGGGCUCGACGAGCUCGAUGCCCGCCGACUAUAGCUUCAACCCCGUGUUCGAUUUGGACAUUGGAGGUCCUGCUGGCGGUGGUACGAAUUCCAAGUAUGGAGCCGUCGCCCAGAACGAGGACUUUGCGGCGAAGUACCGCCAACAGGCUGAGCUGUUGAGGCAGAUGGGCAACGGCAACCCUGGGACUAGCAGCAGCUACACUGGCGGUAGUCAGGUAGCGUCUGGAGGCGCUGGCAACUGGUGGCCGACGGCGUCGUCGACGAGUUUCCCUGGAACGUCAUCGGCUGCCUUGGCGGGCACGCCCGCCAGCUUACCAUCCGCCCGAUACGCCUUGUUGGACGAGUUGCCGCAGAGAGGCCGCUUCGAGGCCACGGUAGGUAAUCCCGUGCAACAACGCCGAGCGAGCAUCCCCGCGGAAUGGCCCGACCGCCACGCACAGCUCAUGGCCGACCGCCGCGCGCAACAGCCGCUGCACGGGCAGCAGGGCUCUCCGCAAUUCCCGCAACAGGGCAGCCCCUUCCAGGAUGCGCCGCACCCCUCCCAGCAGGGCUCGCCGUACCAGGCCGGUGGGCCGUUCUCGCACAGCCCGCCGUUCGCGCAGCCUGCGGGCUUCCCGCAGUACGCGCAGCCGGGGUCGCACCAGGGGUCGCCGUAUGUUGGGGAGGGCAGCUUUGGCAGUCAGCACUCGUCGCCGUAUCAGCCGCAGGGGGAGUGGGGGGCGCCGAUGGAGGGUAUGCGCCAGCCAAUGGCGUCGACAAUGCCCGGGCAGGCGCCGAUGCCGGGGCAGGGACAAGCGUCGAUGCCGGGGCAGUCGAUGGAGGGCAUCCGCGGGCAGCCGAUGGACGGGUUGCGGCAGCAGCAGUUGGUAGAACAGCAUAUGGCCGAUCAGCGCCAGCAGCAGCUGGUGGAGAACCGGCUGGCGGAGGUGCGCAAGAUUCCGGGCGUGAAUGGCUGGGAUGCGCAGAUGGGGAUGCAUCGUGGCGGGGAGGCGGGCUCGCACUCGUCCUCGCCAACGCCCUCAUCGUCGCUCUCGAGACACUCGUCGUUAUCGAGUCGGUCGUCUGUGUCCGUGUCGCGUCACCCGUCGACCUCGGACCGCCACGCUGUCGCCGCGGGCAGACACCCAAGCUACGGUUCCAACGAUGGGCGGCCGUACUCGUCAUCAGGCGCGUCCGACCAGCAGGAGGGCGGCUUCUCGUCCGCGUUUGGGCUGAUGAGCCUCGACGACCCUGCCGUCCUUGCAGGCCUGGCGACCGACGGCGCGGAGUUCUUCAGCGCGGAAGCGACGUCGGGCGCGCCGGGCACGGUGCCGCAGCAGAACGGGCGCCCGAGGGGCGUGGGCUUCAUGUCGGUCGACGACUUGACGCCGAUGCCGAGGACAGGCGGGUUGGGGCUGGGGAGUCCGAGCAAGUUGGGCCUGGCGAGUCCGUCUCGCGCAGAGGAGACGCAGGAGCUGAAGGACUUUUGGAAGGCAUACAUCCAGACGCCCGGCGGCUCGGGCGGCCGGUCUGCGGGCAUGAACGGCGGGUUUGAUCUGAAUAAUGUGGCGACGUCGCCGACGGGGUAUAGGAGGACGCGCGUGUCGAGCUUGCCGAGCGUGAAGACGCCGACGGCGGAGGGGGCGGGUGGAGUGGGGAAUGAUGCGAAGCAAAGGACGUUGCAUGGAGCGGCAGAGGAUUUGCGCUCGUAUGAAGCGGCGGUCCUGGCGAGGAAGGCGCCUGUGAACCUGAAUCUGGUACCACGGAUCAGGCGAGGCACGAACUCAAGCAAGGAGAAGGCGAGCCCGAAGGACAUGCACGGCGUCGCCUCAUCCGCCAACCAAUCGCCCUACUCCAGUGCGAGCCCAAGUCCGCAUACCGGCCAUGUCUCCUUCGCGCCGAUGCAUCAGGGGACGCAGCCAUUCCCGUCGCAAGGCGGCAGCGGCGGCGGCGAGAACAUGCUUCGCCCGAGCUUCAAGCGUCUCGCGUCGUCGACGCUCGAGCCCGAGUUGGUGAAGAAGCGGAACACGAUCGAGGAGGGCGAUGAUCCUUUCCUAAGGGAAGUCUCGUCAUCCAACGCGUCGCCGUACUCGAGCGUCGAGAACAGCCCUGCACCGGGGAGCGCGCCUUUCGCGGCUGCUCAGGCGGGCCUAAUGCAAGCUUGAACGAACCACGGUCCCACUUUCCCCAUGACUCCAUUUUUUCACCAUAUCCCUCUCACCAGCUACCCUACGACAUGCGUCUAUUUAUUUGCGCUGUGCGCCUCCUUUUCCCGGUGUGGUGUGAGCGCGCGAGUGGUGGAGAGAUAGAGCUGAUACGAAGCGAUUGAGGAGGAUCGCGAUGAUGUUGACGAGGAUGAGGUUGAGGUUGAGGUUGAGGACGAGAAUGUUGAAGAUGACGGAGAUGUCGAAUAACCGAGCUAGCAGUCAAACGAGAAUAAUGGCAGGCGCAGACAGACACCGGUAGGAGGAUCGCUUCGAAUCCGAAUCAACCGUGUAUCCAUACUAUAGUACAGUGCCGUUUACCGUAUGCGUCCGAUAAUAGUGCUAUAUACCUGCGAUGCUCUGUAAUGUAUUUUUUGUUGUAACAUGGACUAUUUUCGUGCAAGG